AUGACCACCCCCCAAGCGCAGGCAGUGACCGUGUCGCUGAACGAUCUCAAGAAUGGCACCGUCUCCUUUGAGACGCUGCAGAGCGCGUUCGGCCCCGACUCGCUCGGCAUCCUCGUCGUCAAGGAUGUCCCUGCCGAGUUUGCCCACCUCCGCCACCAGACGCUCUCCUACGCCUCCUACCUGGGCAACCUGGGCGCCGACGAGCUGACGAAGCUCGAGAACGUCAAGGCCAAGUACCUCACCGGCUGGUCGCUCGGCAAGGAGCAGCUCAAAAACGGCCAGGCCGACAUGUUCAAGGGUUCGUACUACGCCAACUGCGCCUUCUACAACGACCCCAGCCUCGACUGCGCCCGCCCCACGGCCGAGUUCAACACGGACAACUUUCCCGAGUACCUGUCGCCCAACGUGUGGCCCGACGAGACGGCGCUGCCGGGCUUCAAGCCGAGCGUCGAGGCCCUGUGCCGCCUCAUCAUCGACACGGCCGUCCUCGUCGCCCGCGCCUGCGACCGCUUCGCUGCCGAGGAGAUCCCCAACUACCCGCCCGGCUACCUCGAGCACGUCGUCAGCACGAGCAGCACCACCAAGGCCCGCCUGCUGCACUACUUCCCCCAGACGGAGGCCGACGAGGCCGCCAGCGGCGCCGACGACGACGACUGGUGCGCCACCCACCUCGACCACGGCUGCCUGACGGGCCUCACGUCGGCCAUGUUCAUCGACGAGCACAAGACGUCGCCCGCCGUGCCGCCCGCCGACGCCCUGCGCUCGACGACCGCCAGCCUGCCGCCCCUCGAGGAGCUCGCCAGCAGCCCCGACCCGGCGGCCGGCCUCUACAUCAAGUCGCGCACGGGCGAGACGGUCCAGGUCAAGAUCCCGCGCGACUGCAUCGCCUUUCAGACGGGCGAGGCCCUCGAGCGCAUCACCGACGGCAAGUUCAAGGCCGUGCCGCACUUUGUGCGCGGCGUGCGGGCCUCGGUAAGCGACGGCCGUGUGGCGCGCAACACGCUCGCCGUCUUCACACAGCCCAACCUCGGCGAGGAAGUGGACAUUAAGCAGCACCUGACAUUUGGCGAAUUUGCACGGGGCGUCGUGGCCAAGAACACGGUGUAG